GGGGCCUCCCGGUCGGAGGGUUUAAAAGGCACCUCUGUAGGGUCAGCUCAGCUGGAGCGACCGAACGGUGCCAGGCCAGGUGUGCGCGUCCGUCGGUCCUUCCGUGCCCGUCCCGGAGACCAGCCCUGGAGGACGCCCGGGCCCGUCCCUGCGCCCGGCACCAUGAAGCAGGAAUCUGCAGUCCCAAACACCCCGCCCUCCUCGCCAUCCCCGUCGCCCUGUGCGCAGCAUCCCCGGAAUGACAGCGACCCCCCAGCUCUGUGGAUUUUCGGUUACGGCUCCCUGGUGUGGAGGCCCGUCUUCUCUUACAGUGACAGUCGUGGGGGCUUCGUGCGCGGCUGGCUGCACUUGGGGUGUGGCAUACCAGGUCCGAGGCGAGGAGGUGAGCGAGGCUCUGAAAUACCUGAACGUGCGUGAGGCGGUACUUGGCGGCUAUGACACCAAGGAGGUCACCUUCUAUCCUCAAGAUCACCCAGCCCAGCCACUCAAGGCGCUGGCCUAUGUGGCCACCCCACAGAACCCUGGCUAUCUGGGCCCCGCGCCAGAGGAGGUCAUCGCGACACAGAUCCUGUCCUGCCGCGGCUUCUCUGGCCACAACCUGGAGUACCUGCUGCGCCUGGCCGACUUCAUGCAGCUCUGCGGGCCCCAGGCACAGGACGAGCACCUGGCAGCUAUUGUAGACGCUGUGGGCACCAUGCUGCCCUGCUUCUGCCCCACUGAGCAGGCUCUGGCAUUGGUCUGAGGGGCUGAGCUCCUGCAGGCAGUGCCCAUGCCGACUUCCGGCCAGAUACCCGCUCUAGUACAGGAUGGGCUGGGUGCAGCUGGAGCCCCUGGGGGUGGUGGGCAGGGCGGCUGGGCCUCUCCUCCCAGCCCCUGCCCCUCCGCCAGCCUCCGGCUUUCCUACUUGACGCUGAACUGACUGACUACUUGAAACUUUAUUUAUUACACCAUGUUGGUGUGGUAGGCAGGGUGGGGGGGCCCUGCUGAGCGGUGGCCCCGUCCCAGGCCUCUGACCAGAUUUCCCCCAGUGCUGCUACUAAACCCAACCACCCAGGCCUCUACCUCCCCAGGGAGCCUCCAAGAACCCUGAUCAUCUACCUGCCCAGACCAGCCAUUCUCUAGCCCCAGAAGUACCACCUGCCCAAGGUCCCAGCCUCCCGGAUGAAGGACAGCAGGGAGUGAGGACUGGGGGCCCCCACUAGCCCUGCUUAUCCACUAGGUGCCCAGGGAAGAGCUGGAUCUGAUGCCUGGGCACCACUGCUGAGACUGGCUGGGCCUCUUAUUUGUUUUUGUUUCCAUCUGUCUGCUUGUCUCUCUGGGCCCCCAACUCCUGUUUGUCCGUUGAUCUGUCCCUGGGAAGCUCAUCACUACAGGCCCUGCCACCUUCCCGUCUGCCCCAUACUGUGACCUAUAAACCCAUCUCUUCUUA